GGUGUACAUUAAUAAUGACUGGCUGCGAUCGCCACGAGUAAAUGGUCCCAUAUAGAAGACGAAACGACAGUGUACGUCUGUCAGUAUAAAACUAUCGUGCCUGAAUUUGCUGUGACCGGUAUUGUUUGCGUGUGCUAUGGACAAGCUCAUCGGGGAAACAACUGGAUGUUAACAGCGACUGCGUUAUUGUGAAUUGUGUGGUUGUUUAGUUGGCAAACAUGGAAGGUUCUGAAGUCCACUCGCGACGUUCGUCUGCUAGGAGUGGUCGUAGCACUGCCAGCAGCUCGCGGAAAAGCAGCGCAUUCGCAAAGCCUUUCGGCUUUAACAAUAAAACAAACUUCGCAGCCUUGGAAAAUUUAGUACUGACGCGAAGUGACAGCUACAUUUUAAGAAAGCCACCGCCAGACGAUAACGUCUGGAAACGACCUGCUCCUGAUUUUAGACCACAGGUAUGGGCUCCGAGCCCUCCUAAGAGGAACACGCAAGACAGCAUGAAGCCAUGUAAAUACGGUACCUAUCCCGGAGAUUAUUUAAAAAGACCAAGAAAACCUAGAGCGCAAGUUUUACCUCAUUUGCUUUUACCAGAACGAGCUGCUAGUCCACAGAUUGUGACAAGAUUUCGAAUCCCUGAUCCGUACGAAGCCAAAUUGCUGUAUGUAAAGCACGGCGUCUAUCCUAAAGGACAAUAUAAAAUGCCCAAACCGCACGAUUUCAGAGGGUAUCCGCCAUUAUCAGCAUUAGGGCUCGACGAGUUCGACGUUUUCUACGACCACGAUCCUUAUGAUUUGAAGUUCAAGUCGGAAAGAAUAAAUAUGCAAUCAAUUGAAGAAGUAAAAUUAUACAUCGCCGAUCCGAUUCCAUGUGACCCAAAGCGUAUUGAUAGGCAACGUACGAACCGCCAUCGCCGACUUGGUCGGACACCACACAGUGCUUUAAUGGAACGGAUAGAAGACAGACUUUCUAGAAAAUGGGAACAAGAACGAUCAGCAAACGAGAGAAUUCAGAAAGAGAUAGAUGAACAAAAUCAGAAACUAAAGGAACAAGAACAGUUUGCCUGUGACGUCGAAGCCGCCAUGGUGGUGUGA